GUCGUGUUCGACAAAACACUCCAGGAUGGAACUCGUGUGGAGCGAAGGCGGCAAGCGGGUUCCGCUUGACGAAGCAGUGGCGCAUCUCAAGUCUGCUCGCGCCUCAAGUGGAAAGUCUGUAAGGUCGUUGCUGCAUGGAGCAUCGAUUCAGGCUGGCGAGAACUCAGAACAACGCGAGAAUGCAAAGCGCACGAAGUACUUGGAAACCCGACGGCAGUACCUGCAACGUGUCCAGGAAGAAAAGGAAUACAACAAGAUGUUGGGCAAGCUCUCGAAACCGAAACGUGAUAGCGAAAUGCAAAAGGAGAUGAAGUCAGUCACUCAGCACGUGUCCAUCGGGAUCAAUAUGAUCGCGGCCAUGGCGACCGCAUUUUUCGUCGCGUACUACAUCUCGCGCACCGUCACGGACAACGAAACAACGAGGUUGUUGGCUGGUCUCGCAGGGGCAAUCUCCAUGAUGAUGGUCGAGAUGGUGCUGUACAUGGCGCGAGCUACGAAGCAAGAAGAGCUUGCCCGCAUCAUGCGCAAGAAGGACGCGUAGCAAAACUUGACAGGAACAUGACAAUGUGUUUGUACUCCCGCCGCAACCCCACGACCGUGCAUCACAAGACGCCAUGGACAGACUGAUGGAAUCGCGGUGCUAGUAGGCACAAUGGUGCCUCUUGGACCGAAGACUUUCUAUUUCUUGUCCAUGUUCGUGCCUUUCAUCGCUACCGUCCUGCAUCAU